AUGGAUAGUGAGAAUUCAAAGCGAAAUAGUUUACCUAAUUCUCAAAGCUUACCAAAUAUCCAAUCUGGAUUAAAAGUUCCUUUCUAAGCCAUCUUGGCUAUGAAAGAUUUAGAAGAAUUAAAGAAGAAGUAUGGAGAAUAAAGGGGAAACUCCUAUCAACAAGGAGGACUAAAAAGGAAACUAAAGUCAUUCUCUACUAUGAAAGGAUAGAAAAAUCUUGAAAAGAGUUAAAUACCAUCAACCAUUAAAGAGAAAAGUUUUAUAAGCAUAGUCAAAAACACAGAAAAUAAUAAGAUCUUAGAUUAAGAUUAUUUAAAUUGCGAAAAUGAUAAAAUGGAAAUUGCAAACAUAAAAAGGAAAUAGGCAAGAGCUACAGCAGUAGGGAGUCCUUAAUUUAAAAUAAAUGCAAAAUAAUUCUACAGCAGAAAGUUUGAUAAUAUUUAAAAACAAACAUUAGGAAUCCAUUCGCUUAUGCUUGAUAGCUAGGAAAGGUAAAUAAGAUUUCCUAAGAUUAAUAAAAUGUAAUCAGAUCGUUAAGUUCAUUCAUUAAUGGAGAAAUCAAUUAAAAAUUAAAGAGAAACAGAAGAUUUGCUGCAAAAUAUUUCUCGUAUAAUUGCUGGACCAGGCUUAAGCGAACAAACUUCUAUAUUUGAAGAUAAAUAAAAUUUAAACUUUUCAUUAAACAAGACUAAUGAUAAGAAUCUUAUUUUGCGUAAAAACUAAAGUGAAAUUUUAUUUUAGGUUAAUAAUAAUUAAUAAACAAAUGAAGAAGAUGAUCAUUUUUAAAAACAGCUUAUUAAUAUCAUAAAUGACUAAUAAAACUAAGAAUAUUGGUAGUCUGAAUAAUCUAACAGUAAAGAAUAAAAGUAAAAAAAUAUUAAUUUACAAACUUUAGAAAUUCAUGAUAUGUCUGUUAUUCAUAGCAACAACUAAGGCAAUAAAAAGGAUAGUAUUUUUUCAAAUAUGCUUAGUCCUUUUAAUAGAAAAAGUAUCAUUUAGCCUCUAAAUAGCACACCUUCUAAUACCAUAAAAAACAAUAUCUCUAUGAGUAAUUAACAAUCUAUAAGCUUAAAAGGCAGUAAGCAUAUCAGCUUAUCUCCUUAAAAUAAUUCAAGUAAGAUGAUAGAAGAUAGUGUUAUUUAAGGUUCAUAUCUAAACGAAGAUACCCUAGUAAGUGAUUUCAAUGAGAUGUUUUAAUAGUAGAAUAGAGGCAUCAACUAAACAUUUGAAGACGAUUUUUGCGAUCCUACUUUACUGUUAGAGCCAUUAGAUGAAUAAGAUUCAAAUAUCUUAAAUAUUAAUAUACCACAUAGGAAUAAUUUUAGGAUAGAGCCCUUAGAUUAAUACGAUGAAUAUGCCCUUCAAGAUACAGAUUUCAAAGAAAUGCUUUCAGCUGGACCCCAAUAAGCAAUGUCUCGUUGGUAAGAUAAAAACGGAAAGGUAUUUUGGAAAAACUGCAUAGUACUUGAUUACAAUGAAUAAACAAAAUUCUUUACUAUUCAAUGGAGCAAUAUUUAAAAAGCCAAAUAUAAAAAAGUUAAGCGACUUAAUCUAAUGUUUUACUUUGAUGAUCCUGCAGAAUUUAAAAAAAGAUACCGUGCAGCUGUUAAAAAGAGAGAGGAGUUUUUGUUCAAUAAAUAACUGACAUAGCAUAUUGAUUAAAAGAAAGCAUUAGAAGCUAUAAGUUUGCCUAUUGAUCGCUUAAGCUAAACAAUUGAUAGCAUAUUGGAAAAUCAUGUGAAUAAGGAUGAGAAAAAAGAAAAGAUAAUAUAGGAAGUUGUAGGGUUGUACAGAUUUUAGCUAGUUAAAUUUGAUACUGAAUUUGAAUCUGUCCACUAUGAUGUAAACUCUUACUAUUAAAAAUAUUUGCCUUACUUGAGUGCAAACAACUUUGUUAACAAGCUCCCGUUGAAAGAUAAAGAAAAAUUUGAAUUUUAAGAGGUAGGAUAGGAGUCAAAUUGUUAAAGACAACAAAUCACAAGAUAUAUUACAAAUAAGCCUCAUCUUGUUUAAGACAAAAACAAUCUGAAAUUAUACAGUUGGAUAGAAGUUUUUAACAAGAAUAAAUUAAGUAUUUAGGAAGUGGCUUCUCUUUAAAUAUCUUAAGUAAUGCUUGGAUUUAUUUCUAGCAUUGAGUCUUUAGAUUAUUUUAAGUAAUUCAGAACAUUUAAAAAGACUAUACAAGCAAGUAGCUUUGAAGUAAACAAAAAUUACACUCAAGAAUUUAUGAGAGCUAUUGAGUAAAUAGACAGAUUAGCUUAUAAGGUAGAGAAAGGUAUUGAUGAAAUGAAAAUAGAUUUUCAGCCAUAGCUUUGUGUUGAUUCAUCUAAACUUUUAUUUUCAUUAUCAAACAAGCUAAUAAAAAAUGCUAUCGAAAAAUCAUUCAAAAAAAGCGCUUCUUCGUUGAUUUAAGAAAUAGAAAAAUUUUAUGCUUUCUUACCAUUACCAGAAAUUGGAAUUAAGGUUAUCAAAAAGUUACCUGAGUAGUUUUUCAUUAAAAGAACUUAGUAAAGAAAGUAGAUGCUGCUGGAUACAGAUUAACAAGUUGAGGAUAGACUAUUUAAAUUACAGCUAAACUUUAUCUCAAAUAUUUAAUAAAAAAGAGAAAACUCACUUUUUAUCAACUAAAUUGAACCAAAUUCAACUUCAUCACCUUAAAAUAAUUCAAAAGAUGCUAAAAAAUAAGAUAGCAAUGUUUUUAUUACAAAUUAAAAUUCCAAAAAACAAAUAGAUUCAUAAAGAUAUUCUGAAAAUCCUGCAAAAUUUAAUUUAUAAUUAUAAUUACCAACUAAUGAAUAAAGUUUGAUAUAGCAAUAACAACAAACUUAAUAAUUAACUAACAAAGGAAUAGAGGAAAGUUUUCAUGCAAUCAUUUUCCCUAUUUAUAAAAAUCUGUAGAGCCAAGAUAGAUAAAUUAUAAAUUCAAUCGCUCAAUCAUUAUAAAAUUAAUUUUUAGAAAACUAAAAGCCCUUGAUUUAGCUCAAUUUCGUCAACCCAAGUUUGAAUGGUCUUCCCUAAUUUGCUAAAUAUGAAAUUGAUUGGGUUCUAAAUAAGGAAAUCAAAACUGAAAAGAAAAAUUAUGAACAAAGAAAAAAGUAAAGGAAAAAAUACAGAGAAAUAUUUUAUUCAUAAAACGAAACCGCAGAAAUAGUUUUAAUUAAAUAAAACAUUCAGUAAAAAGAAGAUAAAAAGUUAGUAAAUCGUGGAAAUAAAGUAAUUUCAAAUCAAAUUGAAGAUUUCUAAACUGAAAAUAAAACGAAUGAAUUCGAAAGUAUUACCAAAGGAAGAUUUGAUUUCAUCAAUUUUCAAUAUUUAGUAACAACAACCUCCCCUUCAUUAAAUUCUUUAGAAAAAUUGAUCAAAGAAUCUUUCAACAUUCCUCUUGAAAAAAUCAAUCAGCUCUAUUAGAUAGGUUCAUAAGAAACAAUAUUGUUUGAAUCUGAAGAAUUUAAAAUAGAUAGUGAAGGAGUAAAAUCUUGCCUAUAAGAAAUAAUGCCUUGGAGUUUUUAUGGAAUUUAUGCUUUUUUAAUUCUUAUAAACAGCUUUUCUUUCCACUUUACUCAAAAAAGAUAUUAUAUUUAAGAUAUAUAGAGCGAAUUCGAUAAAAAGUCAUUAGGAUUAUAUUUUAUUUGUGAAGAAAUAAAUAUACUUGAAAAGGAUUUAAUGUUUUUCAAAAUAGGUUUACCUAACUACUUAAAUUUUGGUUUGAUAUUGCUUAAAACGGAAACACUAAAACAAGAGUACAUUCAACAAAUCUAGUUCUACAUAAAUCAAUUGAAAAAGAUAAUAUAGGAUAAAUUAGUUUCUUAGCUUUAAACUACAAGAUAAUAAGUUUAAAAUUUUACAGAGAGACUUUAAAAAAACCCAGUAAGCAUUAAAGAUUAUUCAGAAAUUUCUGAAUACCUAUCAAGCUAAGCAAUAUUAGAGCAAUACACAGAUCUCUAAAAUUAAAUUAAUUAUAUAAAUGAUCUCAUGAAAGUAUCUGAUGAGUAUUCCUUAGAAAUUUCUUUUGAAACUAUUCAAAUGCAAGUUGAAAGUAGAUCAUGGAUUUUAUAGCUUAGAAAUAUUGAAUAAGAGUAGCUCAAAAAGCUUUAUCAAAUCAAACCUAAAUUUGAAAAAAAUUUAAAGGAGAGUAUCGUAAACCUUUUAGCUAACUUCUAGAAGUAAAAGAAAUUAUCAGAUGAACUUAAAUAAUAGGGAUCUCUUGAUAAUAUUUAUGCUCUUUCCUCCUAGACAAAAAGUUUAAAGAAUGAACUUGAUGAAAUCUACCAAAAAGCACAAGAGCUUAAUUAAUUUGAGAAUUACCUAAAAAUGAGUCCAAUAACAAACUUUUGUGAAAUAGAAAUAUGCUUAAACGAUUUAAUGAAAUAUUAUGACUUGUGGGAUUUCGCAGAAAGAUGGAAACUCAGAUACGAAGAAUGGACGACAAGACCUUUAGUAUUUAUGGAGUCAAAAGAAGUUGUUGAUACCUUGAAUGAAGGGUUUUAGCUCCUUCCAGAUUUAAUUUUAGAUUUCAAAGAUAAUCCACUUUUUAUCACAAUAAUUAAGUAACUAGAAGAAGAGAUCUAGAAAUUUAACAAUUAUACUCAUAUUAUUAUCUAAUUGAGAGAUACUUGCUUUAAGUAAAGACAUUGGGAUGAGUUGAUUGAAGAAAUUCAGAAAAACAAAAAUUAAUAAGAGUUCAGAAAGAUAGAUUCUGGCUCUGUUACUCUCUAAAGACUUAUAGACGAAGAUAUCUAAAAUUAUUCUAGUUUCAUUAAUAAGCUUCAUCUGAUAGCUUAGUAAGAUUACUAAAUUGAAAUAGAGUUGUAAAAAAUUGAAGGAAUCUUAAAAGACACUUUCUUAAGAUCAUUACCUUACUACUUAGAUGUUUCUUCGGAAUUUACAUUUAAGAUAAUAAAAAAUACAAAAGAUGUCAUAAAAAAUCUUUCAGAAGCUAAAUUUAGAGCAAAUAUUUUGAUAAAAAAUUUAUCGUUUAUUGAUGUCUUCAAAAAGAGGAUGAAUUCUGUUCACAAAUUAGCAAGAAAUGGUAAGAAAGUAAUAAAAAUAAUGAAUAAAGUACAAAAUACUCUCUUAGAUUACAUACCUCUAUUUAUACAGUUCCAGUAAUAUGAAAACACUAAAAUAAAUAUUGCUGAUAGACUCUUUUCUAAUGAUUUGAUAAAGCUUUUGUAGUCACUUAUCGAUGAUUACAGCUAGCAUUUUGAAAUUUUAACUGUCUCAGGAUUAAAUAUUUUUAAUCUAUUUUCAGAAACUGAAUCUUAAGAAAGAUCAUUCCCUCAAAGUGAUGAAUUCAGAAGGAGAUUACUAGAAACCUAAAAUUUGAGCAAUAAUCUAGUUCAGGAGGUAAAAAAAGUACUUAACAGAUUAAGAUCUAAAUGCAGUAGAUUAUAUUUUUUGAGUGAUGAAGGUAUAAUAGAGAUACUAAGGUUAUGUAAUCAAACCUCUAAUCCUUAGUUAAUGGUAAACAAGCUUUUUUUACCUGUUUUUAAGGGAUUUAAGUCACUUAAGGUUUCUAGUACUUGCAAGGAAGCUAACAUGAAUAUAGAAAACGAGCAGUUUACCAUAACUAAUUAUUCGAACAUAUUCAACAUAGAGUCUAUUUAAAACUAGUUAGAUGAAGUUUUAUUAUUGGACACUAAAAUAAAUAUAGACAUUUCUAAAGGAAUAGAGAAUGUAAUAGAUGGAUAAAUGAAGCUGGAAGAAUCAAUGAGAUAUUUAUUAAGAAAGUAGUUCCUUAAAAAUACAUAAACCUUGACCAGACUAGGUUUGGACUAUAACGAAGUUUAUAGAUUAUUGCAUCUCAAGAACGAAAUUAUUUUCUAAAUUGCUUAUUUGAAUAUUGACAUUUGUUUUUAUCAUGACCUGACUACUACAAUAUUAAACAGUGAAGAAAAUGAUGAAGUACCAGACUUUAACCUUGGUGACUUUUUGCAGAAAAUAAGGAUUUAUAUGUAAAAUUUUAUUAAUAAUCAAAUGUAAAUGGGACUUUCAAAGAAUGAGCUGUUAAAGUUCUCAGGUUUGGUUAUGCAAAGUCUCAAUCAUCAAAAUAUUCUUUAGCGCUUUAUAGAUUAAAAAGUAGAUACUUUAGCAAGUUUUGAUUAUUUAGGUCUUCCAAAAUUCUCAGUGGAGGUGGAAACAAAUUAAAUCUUGAAAAUUCUCCAAUAAAAUAAGCACAAUCAAAAGGAAAAUCCUCUCCUUUAGUUGAAUUAGUAAGAAAUAAUCUAACAUAUGCUAAAAUCUGCUAAAUUGGCUUUAGAUAAUAGAGAGUCGACAGACUAUCCCAAUCUUUCUGAAAAUUCUGAAUUCUUUUACUACUUUAGUUUAAUUGAUAAUCCUGAGUUAAUAAACGUUAACUUGAUGUGCAUGAAUUACAAGAGAGGUUACACAUGGGAAUUUAUUGCAGGAGACCAUUACACUUUUGUGAAUACAUAUUAGACUGAAAGAAUGCUUUUUAAUAUUAUUGGAGCUAUAUCAACGAAUACAUCUAUUUUAAUCAGAGGUCCUUAAUCAUCAGGGAAAUAAUCAACAGUUAGCUAUUUAGCUACUAUUUUAGCCAAACCUUAUUUUACUUGGAAGUUUUCAGACUAAAAUGAUUUCUCUUCUUUGAAUUAAGUUCUCCUUGGAACUGCUCAAGGAGGUUACAUCACUCUUAUUUAGAAUUGCGAAUUUUUAAAUGUUGGUAUGAUAUCUACUCUUGCAAAUAUCAUUUUUUAAAUUAGAAACUCCUGUAUUUCAAAGACAGACAUUUUGGAUAGUAAUAACUGCCCUAUCAAAGUGAGUGAGCAUUGGGGCUUGUAUGCAAGUUUCACUGUGAGACAAGAUUCAUAAGUUUUGCAAUUUUCUCAAAUACCAAACAUCUUGGAAAGUUUCAGAACAGUUAGUAUUGUCUAACCAGAUAUUCAAACUAUUUUAGCUGCUAAACUAACUCUGAUGAAUUUCAUAAAGCCAGCAGAAACAGCUCAACGCUUGCACGUUUUCUUUUAACUUUUCUCAUCUUGCUUAAGCAAUUCUCACUUCUUAGUUGAUUCAUUUAAGCAACUGGAUGUUAUCACUCUAGAUUAAGUUUCUUAGACAGAGUUCAACCAGCAUCUAUUUAAUCCUAAUGCAAAUACUAUCAUGAAAAUAAUAAGCCAUGCAGAGUAUUUUUUGUUUUAAAAGAAAGUAUCAAAUGAAGAUGAAAUAGAAAACUACACUCUUUUAUAUUCAGCAAUAAAUGCAUAUUAUGCACAUGCUCUUUCUUAAUUCCAUCUUAAGCUUCUUAAUAAUUUGUUUAUCAAAACAUUCCCUGAGAGUUAGGUUAGUGAAGGGUACUUAUUCAAAGAUUUUUAGGAUGAUGGGGGAAAUGAAGAGGAGGAACUUAUUGACGGAAAAUAAAAGACUGUUUAAAUUCUUUAAACACCUUAAGCUUCCUCUUCGACUUUGCAGUAAAAUAAAGAUGAUAACCGUGAUGAUGAUUUUGAGCAACAUAUAAUAGAUUAUUUCCAAAAAGUUCAUAAGAUAAAGCCUUCAGAAAGAUUUAUCGAUACUAUUUUAGAUAUGAUAUUCAAUAUAAAUAUUAACAAAACAAUCCUAGUUGUAGGUCUUAAUUCAAAGGUCAAAGACUAUGCCUUGAAUGCAGCAGCUUAUGUUAACUCACUUAUUGAAAAAGCAUAAUUUUACAAACACUACAUAACUCUUGACGCAAAUGAUUAUACCUUUUUAAUGGGAGAGCAUGUAGAUGGAGUUUGGAGGAAAGGUAUUUUACAGUAACUACUUGACUCUAUAACUUAUAUGAGUGAAAAUAGCUUAUACUCAGAAGUACUUAACUAAUAUUAUAGAUCUAACUACCUUAACUUUAUAACUUCAUAGGCUAACCCUUUGGAUCAUCAUAAUAAAAUCUAAAAUUUAAAAUCAAAAUCAAUAGAAUCUAAUGUUUUUUUGGUAAAAUAUUUACUUGCUCCUAUUUUAAAUUUAACUGAGAAAUUAUUAAAGAAAAAGAACCAACAAGGAAAAAUCAAAAGCCCAGAAACUAUUCUCACCUUAAACGAUUGGAUCAUAUUUGAAACAAGCAAUACAAAUUUCAAAGGGAAUUAAUCGAAAUUUAUAGACCAAAUGAUAAAGAGUAUUCAUUAAAGAAUAUUAUUCUUCGAUAACGGUUAGUAAAUUUAACUGUAAAAUACUCUAAAGCUAAUCUUAAAUUUAGAUUCAUUAGACAACAUUACUCCUGGCUGCUUAGGAAACUUUUAAAUUUUUAAUUUCGGAUAUAAUAAUUAUGUAUAGAAAAAUUAUAAUUUUACAAACAACAAUAUUAUUUCUCAAGGGUUUCAUUGGAGCAUAAAAAAUGAUUUUGAACGUUGGUUGGAUAUAUUAAUUAGCUAAAAUAAAUUUUUCAAUUAUUGUGAGAAAAUACUUAGAACUUGUUACGUAUAUUUAUUUGAACCUGUUUUAGUUUUUUUGAAAGACAGCCUAGAACAAACAUCUUCUGGCGAAGCUAAAAAAAUUUUCAAUAACCCAGGAGCUAUAGUUGAUAUAAUCUUACACUAGCAGCAAAAUUUCUUAUCACUUCUAGAGAUAUUUAUGAAUGAAUUCCGUAAAACUAUGAUAGCUUUAGGAAAAUAUGCAAUCACAAGCAAUUCAUCCACUAUGAAAGAUGUUAGAAGCAAAGCUUUUUAUACAUUUAUUUCUCUCCAAAACAAAAAACAAGUUUCACCAAUCAAAGAUGCAGAUCUAAAUAAUUCUUAACACUAAUUAAAUACUGAUGCAAGCUAUUUAGAAAAAGAAUUUAGAGCUCCUGUAGAAUCAAUAUUCCUUUUUAGUAUUGUAUAAGGAAUGUGCAGCAGUUAUAUAGACCCUAAUUUCUUAUCAUAGCUCACAGAGCACUGCUUAGGAUGCGUUAAAAAGCUUAAAUUAGCUCAUGAAAAUAUAUUUUCUUCCUCAUUCAAAGCCUGUUAAAACUUUAGCAAAUUGCUAAAAUAGAAUAAGUCUUUGAGCGUACUUGAUCUUGUUUAUGAUAUAAGCGAAUUAGCUUGGAUGAGGAUUUCAGAGUUUUAAAUUCCUGAAAAUAUUCCUUUGCUUGAUAGUUCUUUGAGCAAUGAUCAUUUAGAAUUAAGUGAGAUUAUUAGACUAAAUAAAAAUGCUAUGCAGGUAGAAGAGAUGAAGAAAUUAAUGGAAAAUAAUAAUGAGAUCGUCUAUCAGCUACCAACAUAAGACAAAUACGUUGUAUAUCUCUCUGCGCCAUUCAAAAUGACUAAGUAUUUGAUAGAUUACUUGAUGGGCUACAAAAAAAAUAUUUUCGUAUAUUCUACCCCUCAAGCAGGAAAGACUAUGCUCUUUUAAUAUCUUGAAAGAGAGCAUUUGCAGAAAAAUACUUAUAAAAUAAAUGUGAUUUAAUUACUCAGGAAUACUAAAAUUAAUUAAUUUUAAAAGUUUGUUGAAAACUCUUUAAGCUUCAAGAAUUUUUAGACUAAGCAAUCAGAGAUAGGUAAGUGCUCAUAUGCAUUCAUAGAUGAUUUAAACAUUGUAUCUCUUGAGGGGCCAAGUAUAAUUGGUUGUUUGAGAUCUCUGAUAGUACAUGGUGGUUGGAUUUCCUAAUAGAAAAAUAGAUUUUUGAAAUUUGAAAAUUGCAAUGUAAUUUGUAAUUACUCAUCUAGAAAGCUAUUCUCAGAAGAUUUUUCUAAAUUUACUGAAUUGGGAUCUUGCUUAAGGGAAAUGUUCAUGCUAAAGUUUCCUGAUAUGAAUGGAGACCAUUUAACAGGAAUAUUUAUGGAAAUAUUGAAAACUUCACCUAUGUUUAAUACCAAGGAAAAAAUGUAAGCGAAUAUUUUAGCAGUGGAUUUCCUUUAGAAAUAAUUAGCAAAAUUCGCUCAUAAUUAUAUGAGCAGUAUCCCUAAGCUUACUCAAAUAACUCAGAUUUUUAAAAUAAAUUUCAAUAUAAACAAAGUUCUUACUUUGAUAAUUUCUACUCUUUCUCAUCAAUAAAUUGUUUAAAAUGGAUACCUAAAUGAAACUUUCUUUGAUAAAAUGUGGACAUAUAUCCUAGAUACUUGCUUUUUAGAUAGCUUGCCAUGGAAUAAAAACCCUAUUUUCUUAGAAAAACUUAAAAGCAGCCAAAAAACUAAUGCAAAAAAUUAAUUUAUUUUUAACCUCAUCAAAGAUAACUUAUCAGAUUCUGAAAGUGAUGAAGAAUUGGAUAACAUUCACAUAAAUUCACCUUUAAAAAAAGGUUCUUUUGCUAUGCACUAAAAUAGCAAUAUUCCAAAUUUAAAUCUUAAUUCAGAAAACCUACAAUUAUAAAAUAAGGCUAUUGAAAUUUAAAAUUUUCUAGUUGAGACUUUAUACAGCCCUAAAAAGACAAAGAAAACUUUAGAGACUAAAGGACUUGCUAAGUUAGGAUAAGUAAACAGAGUUAGAAUGUCAAAGUAAGUUAAUAUAGAAAUGGAAAGAUAAUAUUUUAGAUUAGAAAGUAUUGACUAAUUUGAAAAUAGGACAAGAUUUUUAAAUCAAUACUUCACUUAAAAAAUAGACAAAGGAUAAGAGAGCUUACUAAAGUAACUAUAGAAGCUCUCUGAGUAGAAAUUUCAAAAGUUUCCUGCAAAAAUCCAUAAAUUUUUUAUUAAAACAAUGAGCUAUUAUUAUGAUGAAAAAAUUGAUAAAUAAAACUAAGUUAAUAAUAAAAGGAUUUUUAUUCCACAUAAUUUAACAAACUCAUAAAAUUCUAAUUAGCAGCAAGCUUCUCUUCUCAAGAUUGAAAAUCUAAAUUUAUCUUAAUUGAAUAUUGAUUAUGAUUAGAAUAGAUUUAUGCACAAUAUCUCUGAAAGGGACUAAUUUUAUUUCAUCCAUGAAGAUUAAAACAGUUUUAUUUCAUUUCUUUAGAAUAAACUCCUUGAAUAUUUAUUUUAGCCUCCUCAGUAAAAAAAUGAAACACAAGCUAGCAAAAAUUAGAAAGAAGGAAAUGGAGCUUAGAACGAAAAAGAGAUUAUAAGUGACUACUUUAACAUACAUGCAUAUUGGGAUAUUCAGAUUUAAUAAGGAGGUGUAGAAAACAUUUUAGGUGAUUUAUCCGCUAUUUUAAAUAACAUUUACAUAAUGAAACAAAAUCUUUCUCUAUAUACGCCUACCUCAAAGUCUGAGCUUAUCAAAUUUAUCAGCUAUCUGAUGGGAUCAAAUUGUAUAGUUAUAAAAAUUUCCUCUGAAAAUUGUGUUUCUCUCUUUUUACAAAUUAUUUUAGAUGUACUAAAAGGAAUAAUUGAUGGAAACCCUGUUCAUACUUUAAUUUAAUUUACUAUAUCUGAUUUAAAAAGCAAGGAAUUCAAUAGGAUAUUUGAGAUUUUCCAAAUCAUUAAAAUAAUAAUCUAAAAUUCAAAUUUAGAAGGUAUUCUCAGUUAAAAGUAAAUCAAGUAAUUAUUAGAACCUUGGAGGUAGUCACAAGUCAAAAAAGUUACAACUUUGCAGUAAAUGGAAGCUAACAUUUCAGAAAAAGAUAUUAAAUCUAAGCUAGGAGGUUUUAAACCGAACUUAGUAGAAAAUCAUAUGAUUUAUAUUUUGAGAUAAAAGCUAAAAGAUUAUGUAAGUUUCGUAAUAGAAAUUAAUCCUGAUAAUUACAAAGAAUAUUUAAUACUUAAAGACUAAAUCCCAAAAUCAUUUACACACUUUAAUGACCAUUUUUCUUUCCUGCUAAAGAGUAACUAAAAAAGCAGCUCUGAACAAGAUGAUAUCUACAAGCUUAUUAAUGAGCCUGCUACAUAAGAAAUUUAGAAUAAAUUUUGGUAAACAGAAAAAGGAGUAAGUGAACUCUUUGAAAUAAAUUACUUCUAAACUUCAAUAAAGAGUCAAAAAGAAUUUGAAUUUUACGUGCCUCAUCUUGCGAGACUAAUUUAAAAUAAUUUACAAAGUACUAUAGCUUAAAUUUCUUCAAAAAAAAAUGUAUCUCAAAUUAUUAAUAUUGACAUGAUUAAGCAGCCUAUCAAUAACAAACUCAAGUAAUUGUUAGAAGAGCUUUUAGAUUAUAAAAUGAAAUACAUUGAUAUAAAAAAGCAGUACGAAAACUUACAAAAGACCCAUGAAACUUAUAAAAAUUUUAGCAAUUACAAAAUGAAUUACUCUAAACUUUAAAUUAAUCACGAAAAAGAAAAAUUUCAACGUGAAGGUAAAAGAAAAUCAUCUAUAAACAAUCAUCUAUAUAAUCCGAUUGACUAAAAAUUAUCAUUAUCUGAGCAUUAGUCGAUGUAGACAAGCAAAAUUAUAAAUUAAACUAAUUUAUCAUCUAGAAGGUUUAACAGAAGCGGAUCAAAUGAUAUGCACUAAUCAUAUGAUGAACAAAAAAUGAUGGAAUCUCAUAGAAUCUACUUAGAAGAAAUAAAAGAUGAAAAAAAUGAGAUCUUGCAUAAGCUAGAAACAGCUAAAAAAACUUACUAAAAUGCAUUCAAAAAUUUUAGAUAUAUCAAUCUUCUAUUAUGCUAACUUUUAAAAACAAUACACUACUAUAGACAAGAAUGCAAUCCAAUUUUAACUUUUUAAGAAGGAGAAUUAGCAAAGUACGCUUAUGAUAUUGCUCUUUAUUCUUUAUCUGCUUUAAAAUAUCCUGCUUGCUAUAGGGAAAAUCUAUUUGAUGUGUUGCUUUAAUAAAAUAAAAAGUUAAAUAUUCCUUUCUAUAAAAUUUUGUUAGAUAGUCCAACUGCAUAUCUUGAAUAACUAAUCAAUGGAACCGAUUUAGGAAUUAGCAUCAUAAAUGAGUAUUCUCUUAUCAGUUUCUUGAUUGGUAUUGAUCUUCUUCCUCUUUGCAUCACAGAUGAAACUGGAUUAUAUUUAUAAUAUCUACAGAAUUAAUGCGUUCAAAAAUAGAAGCGCAGUAUGCAUAUUGAAUAUAGCACUGUAGACGAAGAUAGUUUGGAGAAUGUAGAAAAUGCAAUUUUAAAAGGUUCUUAUCUGGUUUUAAACAAUCCUGAUGAGACUUUAGUAGAUCUUAUUCAACCUAUAUUAUAGUUUAAAUAUAAGAAUCUAAUUAAGAGUCUUGUAUAAUUUAAAAACCAGUAAAAUUAGUAGAAGCUAGAUGAGCAUUUUACUUUCAACUAAAAGAGAAUUAAAUUGCAUUCUUAAUUUAGACUUAUUAUCAUUACUUCAAGUUAUUCUAGCUUUUUGAUAAAAAGUUUCAAUACAGCAUCCAUUUUUGUUCAUUUAUCAUUUUAAGAUAAAAAAUUCUUCAGCAGCUUCGUUUAUGAUAAUAUUUUGAAUACCUUCUACUAAACCGAAAAAGAAAAGUUGAUAAAAGGGGAAAUAUUUAAGAGAGAAGUUUUAUCUAAACAAGAUUACUCACUUGAAAAGAUAUUACCUAUUAUUUCAAAAUUAAGUUUAAGUGAAAAAGAUUCUUGGAAUCAACUUAUUCAACUACUUCCUAAUCAUAUAAUUAACUAGGCAGCAACAAAAGAGGGAUUUACUGAUAAUUUUGGAGAAGACGAUCAAUUUUUGUAAAUAGGGUAAGUUUCAAAUCAGACUAUUAUGAAGAAUUUAGAAGAUGUUGAAAAAGAUUAGUUAAUGCUUAAUUUCUAAAAUAUGGAGCUAGGGAAUAGUAUUGAUAUGGAUAAAUCUAAUUCUUCUUUAGGUAGUAAAUAAGGAGAAUAUUAAAGAAAGCAGAGCAAGAAUUAUUAAGAAAUUUGUGGUGACGUAAACUUGCAUUCUUAAAUAGGCUAGCACUUGCAAAAUAUUAAAGAAGAAGAUGAAGAGCUUUAAGUUCCGUAGUAUUAAAGAUAAUCCAGUUUUAAAAGACAAUAAACUUUGAAAGAAAAGAAUUCAUAGCUAAAAAAACAAAAUACAGUUUUUAGCUAAGUAUCAUAAGCUGAUAGUGAAGCUAUAGCAUCUUCUAAUGACUUAGAAAAUAAUUUACCAUAGUAUUGCUUUUUUAAUUUUGAGAUUAUUGAUUUCUAAUCAAACAAUUCUCUAUCACCUGAAUAUCCAUCUCAAAAACUGAUGAGUAUCGUUUCGAAAUUCAAAAUCCUUGUAGAGAUUUUGUAUGGUUUAAAAUUAAGUUACAAAGAAGUUGUCACAUAAAUAGAGAAAGAAGAUUCAAGCAUUAAAUAUAGUGAAGAAAAUUUUUUGUUAGUUUUUAAAUAAGUGUGUGACUGCUUAAAGUUGAAUUAAAUCAGCAACAAUUAAACAAAUCAUUUUAACAAAAGAUUUGCUUCGAUGUUCUAUCAUUACUUGUACUGCACAUUAAGGGAAGACCAUUAGACCGUCUGGUAGCUAACUCUUUCCUUUUUCUUCUAAAUGUCUGCUUUAACAGACAAAACAUAGAUUAAUUAUACCUAUCUUUAACAGAAAGUUUUACUUGAGUAGAGAGUCAAACCUAUAUAAAAUUUAGUAUUUAGCAAGUUAAGUACUAACAGAUAUUGGGAUUCGUUUAUCACAUCAUUAGUAGAUCUCUAUGGGUCAUAUGAUAAUUUGAUUGCUCCUCUCAUUAACUUCAGCUACUAAUUUGAAGAAAAAAUUAUGAACGACCAAGAAAAGGCCAAAAUUAUUAAAAAUAUUCAUAAUUCAUUCAAACAAUUUAGUCAAAUAAGAAGAGACUCUACACAAAAGAUCCAGGAACUAAAAUCUAUUCCAUCAUAACAAUUAAUGCAAAAAUCUUCAUUUUAUUCUAAAAAAAAUAUAAUACAAGAAUUUAGUUUAGACUAAAUACAAGAAUCUAAUUCAAAAAAUGUUAAUUAUUUCAAACCUUAAGAAGAAUAUUUUAAAAUUUAAAACAAUGAAUAAAUAAAAAUUGAGCAAUCUUAAGAGUAUAUUUAGGAUAUAAACUCCGAUUAAGAUGUAGAUGAUUUAAGCUCAGAAACUGAAAAGGAAAUUAAAUUAGAAAAUUCAUAAAUUUUGUAAUAAUAAGAUAUAAAUUAAUAAUAAAUAGAUAAAAUAGAUUCUUAAAAUUCUUAAAAUUCUGAAAAUCAAAUAAAUAAUUAAAUACAAAAUAUAAAAUAAAUUGAAACAGAGGUAUCUUCUUUGAAUGAAGUUCAAAAUAGGAAUUAGUCAAAUACUUAUUAAAAAUUAAUGGAUGGACCAGAUUCAGAUUAGGAUGAUCUUGAAGAAAAUAAGGAUUCAAACUAAGAAAAAAUAUAAAAGAUAACUAGAGCUACCAGUGAAUACUAUGACAAUUUAGGCAACUAAGUGACCAAAAAAUAAUCUGACUAAAAAAAUUUCAUUGAGUCAGUUGUUGAGUUUUAAGAAGAUGGAUUGUAAGAAUCAGACAUAAGAAUUUUAAGCAAUAAAAAACUCGAAUAAGAAGAAUAAAACUAAAAUUAUAAGGAAUAUAAAUUAUAAUAAAAGAAAGUGAGCUCAAUAGUUGAGCAAGAAUAAGAAUAAUCAAUAAAUGAAAGCCAAUAAUUAAAUUAAGAAGCUAGCAAUAACAAUACUUUAAACUAAGAUCCUUAUAAAGAGCAUAAUAGUUAGUAAUAUAUAGAAGAUGAAGGAUAAUAGAAAUUGGCUUUAAGCACUAGUGAAAAUGUUAAAGUAAAUAAAACGAAUUUAUAAUAAUAAUUUGAAUCAAAUGACUAAAAUGAAAAUGAAACUAAAGAUAUUGUUUAAUAAAUAAAUGAUAUUGAGUCAAAUAAUGAUAAAUAGCAAAACAUUUAAUUUGAUGAAAUAAAAAUCUCUUCUCAAGAUUCUCAAGAGUACUUAAAUGCUUCGUAAUCAAAAGAUGGAGAUUAAAACGAUUCUGAAAACACACCAUCUAGAAGUAAAUAAUAUAGUGUCUGUAGCUCAUCGAUGGGUUCACCUAAUGAUUAUAUGAUUAAAGAAGAAGAUUUUAACAGCCCUCUACCAUAAAAAUAAAAUUAAUUAAAGCUAGUUCAUUAGAGCAAUUUUUUGAUUUAGUUUAAAGAACAAAAUAAGAUAAGCUAAUAAAUCAUUGAUAUCCCCAAUUUAAGAAACUAAGAUGUAUAGGAUAAAGAUUAUAUGAUUAGGAUGGAAUAAGAAUUCAACCUAAACAAUGAGUUGGGUGGCUAAAAUACAAAAGAAAAAACUAGCUCAUAAAAGCAAUUUGAAUUAUAAAAAAUAUAGAAAUUAUCUUUGUAAGAAUAAGAUGAAUAAGAAUCUAAAGCAAAAAAUAAAGAAAAUAAAUCUUACUUGUCUUAAGAAUUGAAUCAAUUUAGCGUGAUAGAUAGAAUGGAUUCUAUUAUACAGCUAGGAAGAGAAAAUAAUUACAUUAAGAGACCUGCACUUGGUCUUCCUGUUAUAAAAUCCAAGUUUGAUAAUCUUCGUUAUGAUAAUGAUUUAAUGUGGUUUGGUAUUAAUUCCUACAAAGCAAUUUUUCAUUCUUCUUAAGUGUUAAGAAGCAAAGAACUUUAGAAUGCACUUACUAGUUUAAAUAUAGAAAAAGAUCUAUGGAAAAGUAUAUUCUUCUUAAGUCACUCUGAAAUUUUAAAGGAUGAGAAUAAUUAUUUAGAUAAGAUGAAAGAUAAAUUGGGAGAUAUUAAUUUGUCUGUAUUUUUGAAAUUUUUCAGACCAGACAUUUUAGAAAGUAUAAUUAAUGUCCAUCUUACGAAAUAACUCUCUAAAUUUUUUGUUUCUCAUACUAAAACUAAUCUGAAUGCUCAUUCAAGAGCAAAUUGGUACAAUAAGCCUACAAUAAUUUUCUAUGGCCAUCUCAAUAAAACAAUCAAUGAAUUGCUUGAGCUUAAAGCAUGUAAAUAAAGCCAAAAUAUUAAGGUGAAAAGAAUCCCUUUAGGUUCUAUUAGUAACAAAGUAAUAAAAUAAGAAUUAAGCAAUGCCUCAAUUAAAGGAGAUUGGGUAGUUUUAGAAAAUAUAAAAUCAGUUCCAUAUGAUUAAUUAGGUUAAUUGAUAAAAAUAAUAAACAAUGCACUAAAUAACAAUUAAAAUAAAAAUGAAUACUUUAAAGUGUGGAUAACUUAAUAGCAAAUGAAUAAGAGUUAUGAAUUGAAUGAAAACCCUGGCAUAGUCCAAACUCAUAGAAACAAUAGCCAAACUCUGCUAUAGCAAUUUUUCUUCAACUGUUUUAAAAUGUUCAUUAAUCGUCCAGAUAAUAUUAAGAACAACUUAAGCGUGCUUUAUACUCUCGAGAUACAUGAAUAUCUAGCAUUUGUAGAAAAGAAAGUUACACAAGCACUUCCUACGAAUUACAAUUUUAGUACUUUAGGAAAGUAGCUACAAAGUCCUAUACAUGAAGCAAUUAAAUACAGAUUCUAAAAAUAAAAAAGGCAUGAAAAUAUCAAUUAUUCUUAUAAUAUUCAUAGCGUCUUUAUUGAUAGGAUAGCCUUGAGAGAAAAAAAUAAGCAUGCAGUUAAUAUGCUAGAAAAAUUCUCAAAUAAAAUUAAAUUCAACAUCUUCUUCAUUUUUUCAAUAUUAAGGUCCAGACAUAAAUAUCAUAGAAAACUUGCUGAGUAUUAUCAAUAAAGUGAGCUUCUAUUUUUCUCAGAUUUAGAUCUUCUUUAUGUGGUUGAAGAUGGAUUCCAUUUCUUGAAUUAUUACUCAAUAAAUCCUUCACUAUUCUUCAGAAACUACUUAAAAUUGAUAUUUUCUGAAGAAAUGCCAUAUAAUGCUCAUUCGACAUGGACUAUUGCUUCAAUGAGAGAUCUAUUGGAAGAACUUGUGUUUAAAGGCGUUGACAAAUAAACUAUUUACACUUCAGGAGAUUAAAAAUACACACUGUUUUAUGAAUAACCCAAUCAAUCUACUGAGGAAACUAUAUUUAAAACAAUAAAUGAUCUUCCUAAUUUGGAUUCACCUUAAACAAUAGAAAUUUCUCCUAAUACUGAAAUAUAAUAUGGGUUCAAUAGAUCAUAAAGAUUGAUGGCUAGAAUACAUAAAAAAGUGUAACUCUAAGAAUAGUUAGGAAAAGAAGCUGAAAUUCUUAGGGAGUUAAAGAAUUAAAUAGCUUAAACUUCUGAAGAAAAGGAGAGUCUUUCGGAUGUAAGCUUAGUUUCAACUAAUGAUAAAAAUGUGGAAUUAGGUGAUUCUGAUGAUUUUAUACUCCAGCAAGUUGGCUAAAUUUAUGCUUACUGGAUUAACCACAUCGAUUUAUUAGGCAAAAAUAUGACUAUUAUUCAAAAGAUUUAACAGAUUUAAAACGAAUUUAAGAUUUUGUUUGAAAAGUCUUAAAAUUUAGAUUUAUUUUCAAGUAAAUUCACCAAAAAUGAUAUUUAGGAAGAAAAUGACUCUGAUUCAGAUAGUUCCAGUGACAUGAGUGAAGAUCAAAAUAUUUAGCAAGCUAAACUAAGUAAAAUUUCUAGAAAUGCCUUUUAAAUAAAAUUACGAAAGAACAAGGACUCAGAUUCUUCAUUUGAUUCUUCUUUUUCUGACUCAAAAAAUGAAGAAGAAAACCAAUAAAAAAAAGGAAAAAAUAUGUCUCCAAUAAAAUAAGUGUUUACAGAAGAUCACAAUUUGAAAAAAGGUUUAUAGAAAUGGUUAUCUGAUAAACCACUCCAUGCUGCCCCUGUUAUCAGCAGAAAGAGCAAUUUACUUAACUAAAUAGAAAAGAGUGAAACAUAGCUAAGCACAAAUAGGUUAAGCUCUCCAUAAAUUAAGUCAUCUCUUAGACAGCCAUCAAUAGCAAAUAUUAUGUUAAAUAAUUUACAAAGCUCGCCUUAGCUUAAUUUAAAAUUGAAUCACAGAAAGAGUGUUGCUGCUCUUGCCUCACCCCAUAGAUAAUCGGUAUUCUUCGGAAAAUAGUUUAUUGUAGAAAAUACACAGAAUACUCCUUCUCCAAAUUUAAACUCUCCUAGUAAAAACUCUUAUUAAUAAUCUUUACAGAGUCCUCCAAGCGUUAGCAGUCCACUUUUCCAUCCUAGAAAAGAAUCUGUUUUUGUAAAGCAACCGAACACAAUUGGAUAGAAUUUAAUAAAAUUAAGUACUUAAGAAUAGUUAUCAUCAAAUAGGGUGAGUGAUUCUAUUCAGUUUUUUAACUCUCAACCAAAUUAUACAAAAGACAGCAAUCAAGCAGUUUACAAUUCAACUUUGUAAAAUGAGCUUUAAAUUGCUAAAUCACUACUUAAGAGAAUAAUUACUGAUCUUGAUGGUGUGAUACAAUAUGUCUUGUAUCGUUAAAGUUCCUUCUCUUAGCAAGAAAAAAGUUUACUCCAGACAGGUUUUUUAAAAACUUCUGAGCAAGAAGCUAUUUUGAUAAAUAUCUUGGAAAAUAAAGUGCCUUAAAAUUGGUGGAUUUAAUCUUUCUUAAUUAGAGAGAAUGAUCUUUAGCAAUAUAUGAAAUAUUUGGUACUAAAAUUAGAAACUCUUAAACUUAUAUUAGAGGAAAGAAAAUGCAGAAUGUAUCCUGUAAUACAGCUAGACUAAAUGUUUGAUCCAUUUUUCUUGAUUUCUUCUUACUUAACUCACAAAUCAACAGAAUUAAAUGUGAGUAUAUUUGAUCUCAAAAUUGAAUGUGAAAUCCAAAACAAACCUUCUGUUCAAUAGCCCACAGAUGGAUCCAUGUUGAUAAAUGGUUUUUUCAUAAAGAAUGGUAGACUGAAUGAACAUGCUUUAGAUAUAGAACACCCAAGAGAAUUUGAAUAUAAAAUUCCUAAUAUGAAAAUAAUGGUCAAAAAGAAAAUAUAUAAGAACAACUUUUACAAGAACUAUCCUGCACACGUGUCUAUGAAUUUUGUGGAUGAAAAUUUAUAUGACUUCGAAGGUACUUAUUAUGCUCAGAAUUAAUUCAUAAAUGGAACUAAAAAGGUUUAAAAAUCUGAAUUUGCUGGUAAAAAAGCAUCAAAUGAUUCAAAGUAAUAUGUGGUCAGAUUACCUGUUGUCAAUUCUUUAACAAAUCAUCUUUUUAAUUCAUUCCCUAUGAGGGUUUAUUUCUACUUUAGAUCAUCUAAACCCUAAGAGUUUUGGGUAAAAAGAUCAACUGAAAUUUAUCUAUAGCAAGAAUUUUUGUGA